UGCCAAAAAUCAAUCUGAUCAUUUCCCUAUUACCACUCCUGCCCGGCGGACAAAAUGGCGGCUCGCCCUUUAACCCUGCGCAUCAACCCAACCCAUCCAGCAGCGGCGCUCGGGGAACGACUGGCAGUUCCCUGCGGGAACACGCAGCGUCUCAAGCCUGGCGCCCGCCUGAAGGGCCGGGCGUGGCAAUCGCUCUCGGCCCCGCUCGGCCCUGCUCCGUCUCUCUCGGGCCCGCGCGGGAGUGGGCCUUCCUCUGCAGCGCUGCCGGGCGCGGUGGGAGGGGCACGGGGCCUGGCCGCCAGCGGAGGCUGCGCACGUGAAAUCUUCUGGUCCUCAAGCCUCUUUAAAACUGGUUUUGAUUGUUAAGAAGGCACAAUGACUGACUUUGAAAAGAACCUGCAUCAGGACAUGGUUUCUCAGCUGCAUAACUUUGCUGCUGCUGGUGACACAGCCGGGCUGAAGGUGCUGCUCAGACGCUUGCCAUCACUGGUCAAUGCAGCCGCAGGGAAUGGCUGGACAGCCCUCAUGUACGGUGCUAGAAAUGGACACCUCGAGGUUGUGCAGGUUCUUCUUCAAGAGGGGUGUGACAGAUCCAUCGUUAAUAAAUCAAGGCAGACAGCUCUGGACAUUGCUAAAUUUUGGGGGUACAAACACAUAGCUAAUUUGUUGGCUAAUGUAAAAGGUGAUCAGAAACCUAUUUUUUUGUCAAAUGAUGUGAAAGAAUAUGAAAAUUAUUUUGGCAUGACACUUCUGGACAGAAGGAGUGAUAAAAGAACAGAUUCUAAGUGGCUCAGUAAAAAACAAAGCCAUCCAGCUACAGUGUACAUCCUCUUCUCAAAUCUGAGUCCCUUGGUUACUUUGGGUGGGGGAAGAGAGAGCUCGCAGCAACCAGAAGUAAAGCUUUGCAGGUUGUGCCACAAGGAUGUGGAACAGUUCAUGAACCAAACUGAAGAAUGUACCUUGAUUUUUCUUGGAGUGGACCUUCAGUUUGAUAUGAACCUGAUGGCUGCUUGCAAUGGAAGAGUUCAGCAAGAAGAUGAAGAUGGGUUAGUUGCUUGGUUUGCUCUUAGCGUAGAUUCUGCUUCUGCUGAAAAAUUUAAACAGAAGCAUGAGGACUGUUACUUUCUUCACCCACCGAUGCCAGCGCUACUGCAGUUACCUGAAAAAGAAGCUGGAGUAAUAGCCCAGGCGAGAUCUGUUCUAGCAUGGCACCAGCGUUACCGAUUCUGUCCAACAUGUGGGAGUGCAACCAAGACUGAAGAAGGGGGUUACAAGAAAACUUGCUUAAAAGAGGGUUGUCCCAGUCUCCAAGGAGUUCACAACACAUCAUAUCCAAGAGUUGAUCCUGUUGUGAUAAUGCAAGUCAUCCAUCCAGAUGGCAACCAUUGCCUUUUAGGUAGGCAGAGGAGAUUUCCCCCAGGAAUGUUUACCUGCCUAGCUGGAUUUGUAGAAGCUGGUGAAACCAUAGAAAAUGCUGUUCGAAGAGAAGUAGAGGAGGAGGCUGGAGUGAAAGUUGCCCAUGUUCAGUACAUCUCUUGUCAGCCGUGGCCAAUGCCCUCCUCCCUAAUGAUUGGCUGCUUAGCUGUUGCAGUGUCCACAGAAAUUAAAGUCGACAAGAAUGAAAUAGAGGAUGCACGCUGGUUCACUAGAGAACAGGUCGUGGAAGUUCUCAUUAAAGGAAACCAGCGUUCUUUCUUUGUACCACCAAGUCGAGCUAUUGCACACCAGUUGAUGAAACAUUGGAUUGGAAUGAACGCUAAUCUUUAGUUCAAAUAAUUGAUUUCUUUAAGUUACUUCUUCUAUUGAAUGCCUUCUUAGGAACAAAUUAGAACAAUUUGUCUAGUGAAUGUGUAACCAAGUGAUUUUCUGAGUCUUCACAUUGGUUCCAGAGCUAAACCAUGCGAUCUUUGUAGGUAUUUUCUGACCUGAAUUAGAUUGGGACAAAACCCAAUCAUUAUCCCAAGCAAGCAAACACCAAAUAAGUAGAAUUGGUACCUUGUUGAGUACAGGCUUUCUUGUUCUAGAAUGAAAUUAUUAUGCCUUUUUCUUUACACUUCUUAUGUUUGAUUUGGUCUUCCCCCACUGGAAGGAUUCAUAGCAUUACAAAGUGGGCUAUCUGACCUUGCCUGGUACUUACAUCCUCCUCUUUGGCCUUAACUGUUUCUCUCUCAUUUUUGCAUAUGUCCAUUUUUUAAAUUUGACCUGUCACAAAAACCUACAUUCAGUGCUGAAAGCCUUACCAAGUAUGGUUAUUCUAAAGUCAGUAGCAUAUGUAACUAGUGAAUAUGUGGUACUUCGUAUCUUUUACAUUAAUAACCUAAUUUAUGUUAAUGCUCAAAGCAGAGCAUUUGCUCGUACAUUCUGACUUGGCUUGCACUUACCCAAUUGUAUGUCAGCCUGAAUUUAAAGGUAUAACACAAUACUUUGUUUUUGAAAAAGGUGUUGGAGAACUAUCCCUGAAUGCCUAAGUAUUAGUGUUUUCAUAAGAUAAUAAUGUACUUAACUGAUGCUAGGCAGUGAGUAAUUUGAUUCUCUGAUAAUUAGAAAUGAAAUUACAGAAUAAUGGAGAAGGAGGAACAAGAUGUAUCUCAAAAUAUGCACAAAGUUCUUUAUGGAAAUAGAGAUGCCAAGAUUGUUACUGCUAUUAAGAAUCUUAUAUUUGAAAGAAAUAUAUUAACUGCAGCUAUAAGACUGCAGGGAUAUGUUAAUUAAAAUAUGUAUUUAGGUGUUUUUAAUGCUACAGUUCAGAUUUGUGCCUUAAUUUAUCAAGUUAUUUAGGAUAGUGUUGAUGUUCUGAAAAGAGAAGUAUAUUGGUUUAAUAUAAAUUUCAUUAUGUAAUAGUUCAUAGUCUGUCAUUCUGCAGUCAUUGCAGUGAUGUCAAAAGGAAUGCACAUAACCUGAGGAAGUUGUAGUGACAAAUGUAAACUUAUUAUUUUGUGAUUUGUUUAUUUGGAGUAAUUUGUUUUUAACAGUGAAUGGUGUCACAUUUUUUUCCAAAAUUGUCAGCAACCUGGAAUCAGUAAAACUGUUGUACAAAUCCUGAUUGUACUUUGUUUUCCCCAUCCAUGUCGCAUUAUGCUCAGCAGUUUCCAUGGUUUUUUUGUAAGGCAGUACCUAAGAAACUUUAAAGCAAGAAGCCUUCCUGACAGAUUUGGAGUAUUUGACAUAUUAUGUUGCUUCAUUCUCUUCCUUGUUUUAGCCAUAUAUAAAAAUAAAUACAGGUUAUUUCUUGUCUGGCAGGGAGAAGGAAACAAUGCAGUGCUUCCCUUAAAAAUUGCUUUUACAGAGAAAGUGAGUUAUGGAAAGCUGUCAUAGGGCGCACGUACCAGCAAGACUGCAUGGUAACAAUGGCAAUUAUCAGUUGCAGGUUGCUCAUAGAGUAAAGGAGAAUAUUGGAAAGUAUACAAAAAGUGGUGAAAGCUAAGCAGUGAAAGGAAGUUUCAACUAGUGCUGUGGUGAUUACAUUCAGAGAGAUGAACAAAGGAAUGAGGAGCUAGAUGGAAGAAGGAGGAUAAAGUGUAGAACAAAUAUAGGUAGCAUAAAAAUAAGUAGUUUAUGGCUUUGAGGUAGCUAAAUGUACAUGACUAAGACCCAUAGGAAUACUUCUAGAACUAUUGGAACAGUUCUUGUGUAGAAAAUUAUGGUGAGUGGCUAUAGAGAUGUGCUUCUAAAAGUGAAACUCCAAACACAGUAUCCCUAAUUAAAACUGAUGUUAAUAAUCUGCUUAAUUUUUUUUUGAGAAUCUGUGUACCAGUAUAUAUGUGCAGUUACAAGGCUAAUAAGUAAAUUAAAAAUGUACACUUUUAUGUAUGAAGAAAACCAGAAAAAUAUGACAAAAGGAACAACACCUAAUCUCUGAUUUUGAGAGUAAUCUUUUAAUGAUCUUUCAAGUUUAAUAAUUUAAGUGUCAACGAUUUUUAGUCUUUAUAGAUAUUCAAAAUCUAAGCCAAGCUUCUGAAAAUGGUUUUGAAAGUUUCUUUUCCUUUUUCCCUUACCAAGAGAAGAAUUCCAUUUGCAGGGAAGAAGACAAACCUAAGAAAGCUAGUUAGAUAAAUUUAAUCCAUUUAAGAAAAGACUUUUCCUGGCUUUUUAUUGGUUAAUUUUCCUUUUUUGUAUGUCAGGGUUUGAAUUUAUUUCAAAAUUACCUAUACAUUGUAAGGACAGUUACUGUUUGCGGUUUACACAGGAAAUGUCAAAUUGAAGAGCCAAAUUCUGUGGUUUUCUGGCAACUAUGGCAGUUCAGGAAAGUUUAAUUUAGAAACAGUUGAAGAGAGUGUAGUGGUUCUGACUGGAGUAUUGUAUGGGCAACACCUCCAGAAGAUCUCAGUAGUUCACCUUACUCAAAAGACAGCAGCAGCUUUGAAAGCAGGCUAAUUCUUGCCAUGAAGUUAAUGCAGUAGAUUAAGAGAAUAGUGUUACUUACUAAAAAGAGUGGUUUUUUUCUAUGCUGUGAGUAAUGAUCUGUCACUUUUCUCCUCUCCUUGUACAAUGGUAUCAGACCAAAAAUAGUACUCCUGAUAUCAAAUGUACAAGGCAGAAAAUUCUGGAGAUGUCUUUUAUCCCAGUUUGCCUGUGUACUAAAGAGAACUACCUUCUAUUCAGUGUAUAAUUUGAAAAUAAUAUGUAUUUUAUCUGUUUUUAUAAUAAUUUAGAGAUAAUAGAAAUAGUAGCUUAAUAAAGCAGGAAAAGAUAAUUAGGUCUUUGAACACAAACCAAAAUUGAUACUUCAAAUGAAACUGUAAUCUCAUGCAAUGUAAUGACAUUCUAUGUAAGUAUAAUACUGGUUAUGAUAUUUUUACAAACUUUGCAUUUGUCCUAAUAAACAUGCUACUUUUAACUCA